GACAUAAAAUGGCCAGAUGGGUUACUGAAUAAAGAUUAGAUGAGAAUAAGUUAUUUAAAUAAAUGUAGAUAAUUUAAUUAUGAUUAGUGGUGGCGGAUCCUAUGAUAAGGAAAAUCACAAAACUGGAGCUUGGAUUGAGUUGAAAGGUGAAUUCAAUAAGUAUCUUAGAUUAAUUAAAUCUUUUUCAUUAUUAGUGAUUCAUCUGUCACUUAUUAUGGUGAAUAUUUAAAUGAUAAAAAAAUUGGUAAAUGGGAAAUUUUUGCUUGGCAUUAAUAGAUGUAUCAAAUUUGCAAUUAUGAAAUCACUUUAUUAGUGGAGGUGGAUCAUAUGAUG